CUCCCUAAAACCCGCUAAAAACAACCGCUCCUUCCUUCUCUCUCCCUUCAUAAUUUUCAUAUAAAUCGCCGGUUUUUUCACUGUUCCAUAAACUACCGUACAUCCUUUUUUAUUUCCAUUUUAACCCUUCGUUUAAAUUCAGAUUCUCAAAUUUAUCCUUCGUCUUAGUUUUUUUCAGCUUUAUUAAAGCUAUAGCAGCUUUGAUUUUUUGCUUCUAUUUUCCUUUUUUACUCUUCCAGUGCUCGAGUAUCGAGGUGGAAGAGUAUGGUUAAAAAGAUUCAGAUCAGAGCAUAAAUGAAGGGAAAACGACACUGUUUUGAUAGAUUAUGGUUGUGAAAGGAUGGGCCUAGGCCUAAUAUUUCCUUGGCUGCCACAACAAACUUGCUUGCAUUUUUAGGAAAGCAACAGGCUAGUAACUGUAGAAGAGGAGUGUGAAAAAUGGGGACAAUUGGUGGGGAAGAGUUGAAGAAGUUGGAGAAGGAACAGAAGGUCCAACUGGCUGCUGCUCGUGAGGAGAGGAUUCUUGUGUUGGUGAGGUUGAGGCCUUUAAGUGACCAGGAAAUUGUAGCAAAUGAAGUUGCUGAUUGGGAGUGCAUCAAUGACAGUACUAUCCUAUACCGGAACACCCUCCGGGAAGGAUCCACAUUCCCGUCUGCCUAUACAUUCGAUAGAGUAUUUCGGGGUGACUGCUCGACAAAGCAAGUGUACGAGGAAGGAGCCAAGGAGAUUGCUCUUUCAGUUGUUAAUGGUAUUAAUUCUAGCAUUUUUGCUUAUGGACAAACUAGCAGUGGGAAGACAUACACAAUGAAUGGAAUAACUGAGUAUACUGUUGCAGAUAUAUUUGACUACAUAAACAGACAUGAAGAGAGAGCAUUUGUUUUGAAGUUCUCAGCAAUUGAGAUAUAUAAUGAAGCCAUUAGAGACCUCUUAACCUCAGAUAACACCCAACUUAGGCUGCGUGAUGAUCCUGAGAGAGGAACUAUUGUGGAAAAAGUCACAGAGGAACCCCUGAAGGACUGGAAUCAUUUGAAAGAACUCCUUGCAAUUUGUGAAGCUCAAAGAAGGAUAGGCGAGACUUCCUUGAAUGAGAGAAGCUCCCGAUCUCAUCAAAUUAUAAGAUUGACAAUUGAAAGCUCUGCUCGUGAGUUCCUAGGAAAAGAAAAUUCAACAAGCCUUGCGUCAAGUGUGAAUUUUAUUGAUUUGGCCGGAAGUGAGCGAGCAUCCCAGGCCUUAUCCACUGGGGCAAGACUGAAAGAGGGUUGCCACAUAAAUCGUAGUUUACUUACUCUGUCAACUGUUGUUCGCAAGCUAAGUAAAGGCAGACAAGGACAUAUCAAUUAUAGGGAUUCUAAGCUGACACGCUUACUGCAGCCCUGUUUGGGUGGCAAUGCCAGGACUGCCAUCAUAUGUACCUUGAGCCCCGCGCGGAGCCAUGUUGAACAAACCAGAAAUACUCUUCUGUUUGCUUGUUGUGCAAAAGAAGUUACGACAAAAGCUCAGGUCAACGUGGUCAUGUCUGAUAAGGCCUUGGUUAAGCAUUUACAAAGAGAGGUGGCCAGGUUAGAAAGUGAACUCAGGAGUCCUGUGCCUCCUUCCUCAAACAGUGACUAUGCAACUUUACUGAGAAAGAAAGAUCUUCAGAUCCAAAAGAUGGAGAAGGAGAUUAGAGAGUUGACUAUGCAACGUGAUCUUGCUCAAUCUCGGGUCAAGGAUCUGCUAAGGAUGAUUGGAAAUGAUCAAGAGUCGGUACAAUCGGCAAGAAUCAAUUACCAUCCUAAUCAACAAGCUGGGGAUACAUGGGAAGAUGACUAUUCAGCAUCAGAGUCAUCGUGUUUGGCUGAUUCUAAUCAAUUUCAUGUGCAUGUUCGAAAAUUUAAUCCAAUCCAUGGUUAUGACGACACAGAGAGCAUGAGUAAUCAUGAAGGGCCCUAUCAGGAGCCUCUGAACAAUCAUGGAGAUCAUUCCAUGACUGAUUCUGCGCAAAGCUUGGAGACUCAAGGUAAAAUUGCUGAUGACCCCGAUGAAUACUGCAAAGAGGUCCAAUGUAUUGACACAGAAGGAUCAGGCAGGGAUAAUAAUAAUUCUGAAUCUCUUGCUGUACCAAAUGGUGAAAGUGAAGGACGAUUGGCAUUGACAUUAAAUGGAGUUGGAGAUGUGGCUGGCCAGGAAACAAUGUCUACCCCAAUGAAUGGAGAUAGAGAAGCAAAUCAUAUUCAAAAUAGCCUGAAGUUGAGUAGGAGCUGGAGUUGUAGAGAUGAUGUCACGGGUGGUACAUCUUCUCCAUAUAUGGACGGAGAACAUAAUGAAAGCACCCCUCCUAAUGGGUUAGAGAAAAGCUUUCCUGGAAGACCAGAUGGUUACCAAAAGAAAUUUCCUUCAUUAAAUUAUGAUGCCAAUAAUGGGCGGCUCUCCAGGAAUGAUUCUCUGUCUUCUCUUGGGAGUGCUUCCGUCCAGACUUCUGCAGACGAACAAAUUACUAGUAUUCAUACUUUUGUUGCUGGACUGAAGAAACAACUUGAUGGCCAGGUUCAGGAUACCAGUCUAGAAGUAGAUGAGUCUGGAACGAGUAUGAAAGGUGCAGGAUUGGAUCCAAUGCAUGAAGCAUCAGGCACUCCUGUGGAUUGGCCCCUGGAAUUUGAGAGGUUGCAGAGAGCAAUACUCGAACUUUGGCAAGCUUGCAAUGUUUCCUUGGUUCACAGAACAUAUUUCUUCCUUCUCUUUAAAGGUGAUCGAACUGAUUCAAUUUACAUGGAGGUAGAGAUUAGGAGACUUACCUUCCUCAAGGAAACAUUUUCUCAAGGAAAUCAAGCCGUAGAAGAUGGUCGCACACUAACACUGGCUUCAAGUGUGAAAGCUCUUCGGCGUGAGAGACGAACUUUAAGCAAGCUAAUGCGUAAAAGGUUUUCAGAAGAAGAGAGACAAAAACUGUAUCAGAAAUGGGGUAUUUCGUUAAACUCGAAGCAGAGAAGGUUACAACUGGUGAACCAGUUGUGGAGCAAUAACAAGGAUAUUGAUCACGUCACAGAGAGCGCCACCAUCGUUGCAAAGCUGAUUAGAUUUGUAGAGCAGGGACGUGCACUCAAGGAAAUGUUCGGGCUUAGCUUUACUCCUCCACGGCCUAGGCGGAGAUCCUAUGGUUGGAAAAACAGCAUGGCUUCUCUUAUUUGAGCCUAUAUAUCAACAUCUGUAUACAGCCAUAGAAGGUAAUUUUCUUUAAAAGAUUAUAGGCCAUGUUAGCAUUCUUUUUAAUGAUUGAAAUUGUUAACAGCUUGUAAUGAUUAUCAGAUAGAGUGGUGUAUGAAUGUAUAUCUCAUAUCCAAAAACUGGCUUUUAUGCAAUAGUCUUCGGCCGAUUCGGGUUUGUGUGUAUCUGCGUGUAUUGGUUCUUAGGUGACAUGGAUAUGGAAAUAUGACUUUCUGAUUUUGUUA